AUUCCUCGCAAUCUACACGUUAGAGAUGAUAAUCAAGUGCAUAGCGAAAGGCUUCAUCCUGAACAAGUACACGUACCUGCGGAACCCUUGGAACUGGCUGGACUUCGUGGUGAUCACGUCGGGCUACGCGACCAUACGUCUGGACCUGGGCAACCUGGCUGGUCUGAGGACGUUCAGAGUGCUGAGGGCGCUGAAGACCGUUUCCAUCAUGCCUGGCUUGAAGACCAUCAUCAACGCACUGCUGCACUCCUUCAAGCAGCUGGCGGAGGUCAUGACCCUGACCAUCUUCUGUCUGAUGGUGUUCGCGCUGUUCGCACUGCAGGUCUACAUGGGCGAGCUCAGGAACAAGUGUGUGCUCAACUUCCAGGGGGUGGAGGGGGAGAAUUUCACGGAUGAAGCGUGGUACAGAUGGAUCAACGAUUCGCGCAACUGGUGGGUGGACGAAGACGGCGACCCCAUCAUCUGCGGCAACCUGACGGGCGCGCGGCACUGCGCCCCCACACACACGUGCCUCUGCAUCGGGCCCAACCCCAACCACGGGUACACCAACUUCGACAACUUCCUGUGGUCCAUGCUCACCACGUUUCAACUCAUCACGUUGGACUACUGGGAGAAUGUGUAUAAUAUGGUGCUAUCGUCCUGCGGCCCGAUGUCUGUGUCAUUCUUCACUGUGGUGGUCUUCUUUGGCUCAUUCUACCUCAUCAACCUGAUGCUGGCCGUCGUGGCGCUCAGCUAUGAGGAAGAGUCGCAGAUCACGCAGGAAGAAAGAAAAAAGGACCUAAACGAGCACAGAGACGACUCGACGUUCAGUUUCGACCCGACGUCGCUAGCCGUCAGAACGCUAGCCAAAGACUCAAAGAAGAGGAUAGACGCCCGCAAGGGGCUUCUAUUAGCAUCGUACUCACGGAAGAGGACCAGGAGACGCAAACGAGGGAAGAGCGCCAUACACCACGCUGCUGCUGUUGCUGCUGUGGCCGAGAGGUCCCGGUCCCGCUCGCGGUCGCGGUCGGUGACGCCGAGCGCGUCGCCGCCGCCGAUGCCCGCGCCGCCGCCGCCGCCCCCGCACACGCUCCAUCCCGACAACGCACUAGUGAUACUCUUCGCAGGUCGCGGGGCGCUGAGCGCUGCGGGCCGGCAGCUGAGCGACCACAGCAACAACCGCGAGUCGUCGCUGGACGACUCGGGCGUCGUCGACGACCACGACGACGGCGAGCACACGUCCGACGACCAGGCGCCCCACCCACAUACGCAUACGCAUCCACAUCCGCAUACGCAUCCGCAUCCUCAUCCGCAUCCGCGGCGGCAUGUGCAGCUUCCCCCGCCGCCGCCGCCGCAGCCGCCUACUAUGCUGGCGUUGAUGCCGCGGGAACCACCACAAACACAGCCACCCCAAACCAAGCAGAAAUCGUCAGACAAGAAGAAAGGAGACAAGAGCAUCCAAGAGAAGUAUCCGCUGAACCCGGACUACCUCAACCAGAUCGUCGUGCUAGGGGCGGACUGGCCAUACAAGCGCGCGCCCGACCUCCCCCAAGCGGAGACGACGAAAAUUAAUGAGCUCAGUUUAUUGGCAGCCACGCACAAAACUCAUAUGGGCAAUUAUGAACAAAAUUGCACUUACUUCACAGACGAACUGAUGGAUAGAAACUGUGAAUGCUGCGUUACCUGCUGUAUUGACUACGAGGGCUGGCUACAGUUUCAAAACUGUCUGUACGGAAUUGUGAAGGACCCACUAUUCGAGUUGUUCAUAACAACGUGUAUAGUUCUCAAUACGCUGUUCUUAGCGUUGGAGCACCACGGCAUGAGCGAAAACGUUAGAAAUGUAUUAGAUAUAGGAAAUAAGGUGUUCACGUCAAUAUUUACUUUAGAGUGUAUAAUGAAGGUGAUGGCGAUGAGCAAAGACUUUUUCGCUUGCGGCUGGAAUAUAUUCGACUUGAUCAUAGUGUCGGCCAGUCUGCUCGAUCUCAUAUUUGAGCUUGUUGACGGCCUUUCUGUGCUACGGGGCCUUCGCUUGUUGCGUGUGUUAAAGUUAGCUCAAUCGUGGACUACAAUGAAAGUGUUGUUGAGUAUUAUAAUAUCGACAAUCGGUGCUCUCGGUAAUUUGACGUUCGUGUUAGUGAUAGUUAUAUACAUAUUCGCUGUUAUCGGUAUGCAACUGUUCUCUAAGUCGUACACACCCGAAAAGUUCGAGCCGGACGAUGUGCCCAGGUGGAACUUCAAUGAUUUCUUCCACUCAUUCAUGAUGAUAUUCCGGAUCCUGUGCGGAGAGUGGAUCGAGCCGCUGUGGGACUGCAUGCGCGCCGAGCAGGCCAACGGCGCCGAGAGCUGCUUCUUCAUCUUCCUCCCCGCUCUCGUCAUGGGCAACUUCAUGGUGCUCAACCUCUUCCUUGCCUUGUUGCUCAACAGUUUUAACAGCGAAGAACUUAAAAAUAAGAAGGAGGAAGUAGGUGAAGACUCCAAGCUAGCUAAAAGUUUCGAUAGAAUACGUUCCAUAGUAAGAAAAAAAGGUUUCCUUAUAUCAAGAAGCAAAGAGACUGAAAAAAAAUCUAAGUUAGAAGAGCUAGUUAACGAGUUUAUGAUACAAAACCGCACGACGCAAAAAAAGGCGUCGAUACCGAGCGAACAGAACGCUUACUUUUCUAAUGUGCAGGAGACUACGGUCCUGUUUCCUCACGACAAUAUCUAUAGUCAUAGUUACCAAGAAGCGUUAAACAGGCCAGUAGUCGGGUUUGAUUACCCUACUCUGUUUCAAUCCGGAAACAACUUCAAUCAUGGUAGCCAAGAAACUUUAAAAGAUGUAAAGGACUUUGCAAUAGAACAUAAGAUAACUAGUAUUAGAGAAGAUUCAAAAGAGAACUUGGAUGACUUGUCUGUUGCCACGGAGCAGGUGAACGCGCAAAGAUUAUUGAAUCAAAUGUCUUCGGGAUACCACACGCAGCCUUCAGAGACAAAAGAUGAUAACGAGCAAUAUGAAAUGGCGCAUAUGUCCACUAGGACGACACCAGAAAAAUCAAAGAGACAAGGAAGGGAGCCACCAAACGUUUCAUGUGGGAGAAAAAACUCCAAGGGGCAGUACGCUGAUGCGAUGGGAAAUUUUCCGGGAUUCGGGAUCCAGAAAGAGGAGAAAGUUCCACAGGAUUGCUAUCCAAUUCAGUGCUACGAUUACUGUCCUUGUUGGGAUACAUGUAUCAAAACAAAGAUGGGUCAGCGAUGGAUGGUAUUCCGUACAUUUGUUAUGCGGUAUGUCGACACGCCAGCGUUCGAGUGGUUCGUCCUAGUACUCAUUUUCGCAUCUAGCAUAACCCUUUGCUUCGAAGACAUACAUCUCGAGAAGAAUAAGCCGCUCAAGAAAAUUCUCUACUGGACAAAUCUCGGAUUUUGUAUGAUUUUCGUAAUUGAAAUGUUUCUCAAAUGGAUUGCGCUGGGGUUUUUUCGAUAUUUCACGAGUUUUUGGACGUUGUUGGAUUUUACUAUAGUUUUUGUCUCAGUGUUUAGUUUAUUAAUAGAAGAAAAUGAAAACUUGAAAGUGUUAAGGUCGCUCAGAACUUUGCGAGCACUGCGACCACUGAGAGCAAUAUCGAGAUGGCAGGGUAUGCGAAUCGUAGUGAACGCAUUGAUGUACGCAAUACCCAGUAUCUUCAACGUGCUACUAGUUUGUUUAGUAUUUUGGUUAAUUUUUUCCAUAAUGGGCGUGCAAUUUUUUGGGGGGAAAUUCUACAAGUGUGUCGAUAGCGAAAAUCGGCUAUUACCUAUAGCGGAAGUGAAUGAUAAAUGGGAGUGUUACUACAAUAACUAUUCUUGGGUGAACUCCAAAAUAUCGUUCGACCAUGUGGGUAUAGCAUAUCUGGCACUCUUCCAAGUGGCUACAUUUGAAGGCUGGAUGGAAGUGAUGGCAGACGCGGUAGACGCACGAGGGGUAGACCUACAACCAGCCAGGGAGGCUAACCUUUACGCUUACAUCUAUUUUGUAAUAUUCAUCGUGUGCGGGUCGUUCUUCACUCUUAAUUUAUUCAUAGGAGUAAUUAUAGAUAAUUUUAAUAUGCUUAAGAAAAAGUACGAAGGUGGAGUCUUAGAAAUGUUUCUGACAGAAAGCCAGAAACAUUACUACACAGCCAUGAAGAAGCUUGGCAGAAAAAAGCCCCAGAAAGUAAUAAAAAGGCCAAGGAAUCAGUUCCUCGCGAUGUUUUACGACUUGUCCAACUCGCGUCGCUUUGAGAUUGCGAUUUUCGUACUUAUAUUCUUGAACAUGUUGACGAUGGGCAUAGAACAUUACGAUCAACCACAUUCCGUUUUCUUUAUAUUAGAAGUUAGUAACGCGUUUUUCACUACAGUAUUUGGAUUAGAGGCCAUAGUAAAAAUAAUAGGGCUCCGCUACCACUACUUCACGGUGCCAUGGAACGUGUUCGACUUUCUGCUCGUGCUAGCGUCCAUCCUCGGUAUCCUCAUGGAAGACAUCAUGAUAGACCUGCCCAUAUCCCCCACCUUACUCCGGGUGGUCCGCGUGUUCCGUAUAGGGAGAAUUUUAAGACUGAUUAAAGCCGCUAAGGGCAUUAGAAAGCUGCUAUUCGCGUUGGUGGUGUCGCUGCCGGCGCUGUUCAACAUCGGCGCACUCCUGGCGCUCAUCACCUUCAUCUACGCCAUCAUCGGCAUGUCGGUGUUCGGCCACGUCAAGGAGCAGGGCGCGCUGGAUGACCUUGUCAACUUUCAGACCUUUGGGAGGAGCAUGCAGCUGCUUUUUCGUCUCAUGACGUCAGCCGGCUGGAACGACGUCCUAGAAUCCUUGAUGAUCACACCCCCCGACUGCGAAUAUGGCGAUCACGGCAACAACGGGAACUGCGGGAGCCCCCUCCUCGCCAUCACCUACUUCACAUCCUUCAUCAUCAUCAGCUACAUGAUCGUCAUUAACAUGUACAUCGCCAUCAUUUUGGAGAACUUCAAUCAAGCACACCAGGAAGAGGAAAUAGGGAUUGUUGAAGAUGACUUGGAAAUGUUCUACAUCAGAUGGUCUAAGUACGAUCCACACGCAACCCAGUUCAUAAGUUUCGCUCAGCUGUCAGAUUUCAUCGCUUCUCUAGAUCCACCGUUAGGAAUAUCCAAACCAAAUACAGUAGCGUUAGUCAGUUUCAAUCUCCCUAUUGCCAGAGGAAACAAGAUCCACUGUCUGGACAUUCUUCAUUCGCUGGUCAAGCACGUGCUCGGCCACGUUGAGGAGACAGACACCUUCAGACAGUUACAGGAACAGAUGGAUAUCAAGUUCAAGAAACAGUUCCCAACUAGAAAAGAACUAGAAAUUGUUUCGUCAACUAGGAUAUGGAAGAGAGAAGAUAAAGCGGCUCGCACGAUACAGCGGACGUUUAGGGAGUAUAUAAAGCGAAAGAAUCGUAGUCCUUCGAAUGAGGAGGAAAGUACAAAAUGGUCGCCUGGCGGUGGCUGGGGUGGUCGCCUCAGCGCUUUGUUGCACGUCCGAAGAGGGUCACACGCAUCGACCAGUCGGAAAUCCUCUCGGGCUUCCGACGCUUCGGACCUGAGCGAGCUGGGAGGGGCUUGGCUUAACCUGCCCCUCCUACUGCUGCCAGGAGCCACGCCUGGAGACCAGGUGCCGAUGCCGAGCGGCUCCGAGUCGGCGCCGCCGCGGCGUCGCUCGGCGUACGGUUUGCCGCUGUUCCUGCGUCACCAGGACGCGGUGGAUGAGGACGGCGGGCCCAAACGCGCAGGUUCCCUUCGUCUAACGCCGCUGCGGUCGUCGGCGCGGCGCGCGACGUCGCCGGCGCGCGCGCGCACGCCGUCGCCGCACGCGAGCAGCGCCGUCAGCAUCCUCGUGACGGAGGCGUCGCCCGACGCCGCGCCGCCCGCCGCGCCGCCCACGGUGGUGCGCGUGCUGGUGCACCGCGAGAGCGACGAGCGGCCCAGCUGAUCCCCGCCCGCCGGCGCCGGCGCCGAGCCCGCGCGGACUCCCCCCGAGACGCUCUAGUGUCCGGCCCCUGAGCUGAGCCGGAGUGAUUGUGAUUUUUAAAUUUAAUCUAGCUUUACGACCGGUGCGGCGCACCCGGAACUUCCAAUAGCGACGUCUUAUCUCAUCUCUUAAAACUAGAUAUUCAGUAUUCGCGCCGCUUCGUAGUCGCCGGUGGAUUGUACAGCUGUUUUUAUGAUGUUCACUAGUCGUAUGAGGAAUCUCGAUGAUGGUUGUAUUUGACGACUUUGUUGUAAAUAGUAUUUAGAAUACGAGAACGACUGAUACCGACACCUAAAGUCGACGGGCGCUUCGUCUCCGUUUAGUUUUACCGCUAUCUUUAAAAUACGGCGAUAAAUAACAAUAUAGUGAAUACCGGAAUCGAAAAGAACUCGGUGAACCCGCAUUACGAAAGAGGUAAAUUUUAGUGAAAAAUAAUAAGAAACGUCAAUUUUCGCCUUAGUGAAAUAGAAAUUAAAUUGUUUUGUACAAUUUAUAGCAUAGAUUUGGUAGACGUAGGCAUCGUUUCAGUUUCACAGUGCCUCUCGCUAUUUAUUAUAAAGUAGUUAAGACGCCGGUUGUUUGCUAAAUAUUAUUAAAUCACUCUUUACGCCGCCUGUAUGUCGUCCGUUGUUCACAUCGAACACCAGUCCACAGUGUAACUGGGGCAAACAAGCAAAUCCUAAGCAUGUUUCUCUAUAAAACGCCGUUUUUGUUGAUACUUCCUAAUGCGCCCUAGAAAGUAAGACAUGAAAACUGAAAUAAAUUACACAUAUGAAUUACAAAAAUGUGACCAAAGUCACAAGUGCCUGAUGCUGGUACUACCUACAUGCCUUUGUCACGUAUCUUUCAAAUGUGUAACUUAUUUAAGUUUUAAUUUAUAAUAUAUAUCUACAUUAAGAUAACACAAGUUAAAAUAUUUUCAUUAGAAGAUAAUUUAACUUGUGUCAAAUUAGAAAGGCAUGUCACGAAAACGCAUAAUUUUCUGGCUAAAACUUCGGACGAUACAAGCGGCAUAAAGCAGGCACGCGGUUUUAAGAUAUGCAAUCGAAUUGUGAAGACACGCAGUGCCUUUACCACACCGGGUAGACAGCGACGCUUUACAGGUUAAGUGCGAAUGAAUUUGAAAAAGGUCUUGGUCGUUCUCGCCCGCCGCCCACGAGUGACACAAUAGGCGAGACGACUAAUAAAAACUAAUUACUAAUUAGUCCGUCAGUUAGAUUAUCAAAGAAUUUUAGACACAUAUUUUUUCUUUUUUCUCGUAAACGA